AAGAAGGAACGAAAGCUAAAUGUAUGCAAGCUGGACUGGGGGAAGAAGCGAGGAGCCACAUACAAUUAUGGUGUUGCGCUCGCUGUAACAUAUAGAGAGCUGGGGAUAUAAAUGCCAUCUCUGUCCCUAGAGUCGCACAGAUCACUUCCUCUUCAGCAGUAGCUUUGCAGCACUUCAAAAGCACUUCAAGAUGAAGGCCACAUUUCUUCUCCUUGCCGGAGCCGCGCUGGCUUCCGCUCAGACUGUCUACUUCAUCCGACAUGGCGAGAAGCCCAGUGAUGAUAGUGAUCCCAACCUGAGCACCCAGGGACAGGAGCGUGCCCAGUGCCUAAGAACCGUCUUUGGCGCCAGCUCCCAAUACAACAUCGGCUAUAUCAUCGCAGAGAAGCCCAAGGAUGACAGCCGACUUCGUCCUCUCGCCACGGUCACUCCUUUGGCUCAGGACCUUGGCUUGACUGUUGACACAAGCUGCGGCAAGACCAAAUCUGAUUGCGUCGCCGACCUUGUCAAUGACUAUACCGGCUCAGGCAAUAUCCUCAUCUGCUGGGAGCACAGCGAACUUACUAACAUCGCGGAUGCAAUCGGCAUAGACAACGCUCCUACAUACCCGGAUGAUUCAUUCAACCUGAUCUGGACUUCUCCUGCGCCAUACACCUCCGUGACCAGCAUCACAUCCGAGAACUGCCCUGGCUUGGACAACUAAACGAACGAUAAAAAAGAUAUAGAAAGAAAAAAGCGAAACAAACAUGAAACUGCUCAUGAGUAAUGCUAUAUAUAAUGACGAUCAUUUGGCAGCAAAAAUAUUGCAAAAGAAUAGAAUACUGGUGGUUGGCAUGCGUUUGAGAAUAAAAGUUCACUGUGAUAAAUGAUGGCGAUUGAUCGCGACGACAAAUGGCCGCAAUAUCAAGAUACUACAUGUAUUGAAUUGGAAGGCCAUAGGCUAGUUCUCCGCACUACAUAUACUGCCUAAUA